CCCAAGGAUCAAGCUAGGGAGGAGAGGCAGAUAGCUUUGUCUCCCUCCUUCCCACCUGCACCAUCCUAACCCGGCCCAAUCCUAUCUCAAUCCUAUCAAUGGGGAGGUCUCCUUGCUGCGACGAGAAUGGCCUCAAGAAGGGCCCUUGGACAGCUGAAGAAGACCAGAAGCUUACGGACUACAUCGAGAAGCAUGGCCAUGGGAGCUGGAGAGCACUGCCUAAGCUUGCAGGACUCAACAGGUGUGGCAAGAGCUGCAGACUGAGAUGGACUAACUACCUGAGGCCUGAUAUCAAGAGAGGGAAGUUCACACCCGAGGAAGAGCAGACCAUCCUCCAGCUCCACUCCGUCCUUGGCAACAAGUGGUCAGCCAUCGCGAAGCACCUCCCCGGGCGGACCGACAACGAGAUCAAGAACUUCUGGAACACCCACCUGAAGAAGAAGCUCAUCCAGAUGGGCUUCGACCCGAUGACGCACCGGCCGAGGACCGACUUCUUCGCCGCGCUGCCACAGCUCAUCGCGCUCGCCAACCUCCGCCAGCUCGUGGAGCAGCGGCCGUGGGACGACCAAAGCGCCAGCCAGCUCCAAGCCGAUGCAGUCCAGGCAGCAAAGCUCGAGUACUUGCAGUGCCUGCUUCAGUCGGCAGCAGCCAUUGCGACCAGUCCCAGCUCCAGCAGCAUCAACACCAUCCCCACUGACCUGGAGCAAAUCGGCCUCCUGAGUCCUUCGCGGAUGUCUUCCUUGUCUUCGCUGUCGUCUCCAAGGAUCAUGGAGGGCGUCAAUGGCCAUGACUUGGUAACUGGGCAAGUGCCUGGCAUCCAGAUACCUAGUAGCUCAUUCUUCGAACACGAACAGGCUAUCAUCAAUUGUACCAACCAGAACUCGGAUUAUAGUGCAAACAGCGGCGAGGGGGAGAAACUGCUGCUCCUGUCAGAGGACUCCCUUCCGCCACUUGCCGACUUCCCUACUUCCAACUUCGGCGAUGCUUGCAGCACCUCAAGUUGUGAGGCUGUGGGCAACAGCACCCAGCUCCCUAUUUGGUCUGACUCAUUUUAUGAUGAGUUCAUGAGCGAGUUUGCAUGAGUGAUACUGCACAAGAUAACCCAAAGACACAA